AGUAUUAUUAUUGCUUUGUUGGUGCUCAGAUUCUCGAGAUUACGCGGAUGAAACUGUUGGAAUUUUUUUAUUUCUAAACAAAAAAAAAAUAAUUUUAUGUAGAAAAAAAGAGUAAAUUAUUAAAUAUCGUAAUUUUUGUGUUUUGUGCAUCUAGUAUACUUAAAAUUUACAGAUUAAAACAAAAAAAAAGAUUAAUUAAUUUUUGUACAUAAUAGAAAAUUUAUUUAAAAUUAAAAUUUGAUUUUUUAAUUAAAAAUAUUAAAUUUUAAUUAUUUAAAUCUCAGUUUUCUUUUUUUUCUUCUGAAUUAAGAAAUGUUUAAAGUGCCAAUUUUAUGAAAAAAAAAAAUAAAACAAAAGAAAAAUUAAGAAAAGCCUGUCGUCCCCACCACUCAACAAAAUAAAAAGAGAAAGAGUAAGCAUAAAAAAGUCAAAAAAUAAAUAAAAACAAAAAGGAAAAAAGAGAAUUUUAAUUCAGAAUUUCAAGUGCAAAUAUGAUGAUAUUGUGAAUGGUAUUGAUUAUGAUUAUAUAGUAUAUGAUGUUGAUGUUAAUGAAAAGGUGAUACAAAAGAAUAAAUUAAAUAGAGAACAAGAAAAAAAAUAAGUAUUAAUAAUAAAAUAAAACCUAAUAUUAAUUUACGAAUGUAAUUUACAUGCAUAUAGGUACCUAUUAUAACAGCAAAAAUAAGAAAUAACAGGAAAAUGUUAUAAAAAUACGAAGAAGAAAAAAGAGAGUAAUACAACAACUACAAUUUUAAUAAAAGGAAAAAAAGAAAAAAUAAAUAAGAAUUUGUAAAUAGAAACGCUUAAAAACUAUAUAAGGCGGCUUUUCUAAAAAUAUAAAGAGAAAAGGAAAAAAUUAAAAUACGGAGAAAAAAUCUAACAGAUUAAUGAAUCGCGCAAAAAUUCACUUGUCGAAGUCAUUUUUUAUACAUUUAGAAUUCGGAAAUUUGGAAAAUCAUAAGAGAGGAAUUUCCCUUCAAUCAUUUAUAUAGUUGGAAAGUGCACAAAAUAAAGAAAAAAAAAUUCAAUCAAUUUUGUUUGAAAUUAAAAAAACAAAAGAAAAAAAAAGAAGACAAAAUUAUUUUAUCCUUUUUUUUUGACUUGAUUUUAAUUUUUUCUUUUUAUUUUAUCGGCUUGGUGCUCUCUUGUUUUAUAUUUUGUUUUUCUAUUACCAUAAGGACAACAUUAAUUAUUUGCGCUGGCGAAAUUAUUUAAUAAUUCAGUCCCUGUUAUUAUGGAGGGACCUGAAGUGACAUUCCUUUUCCAAUUUGGAAAUUUAAGAGAUGCGGUGACAGUGCCGUUAACAACAUUAAAUUUAAAAUCUCUAAAGGAUAUGGCUUGUGAAUUUAUAAAUACGAAGAUACCCGACAAUGGAUUAAGCCGUUUAUCAGAACGUUUACUUUUGUUUCGCCAUGAUUACAAUAGUGCAAACGUAUUACAAUUGGUGAAUUCAGCAGCUGAAGUCAUUGAUGAAACAUUAAUUGAGAUCGUGUUGACUGCGACUCCUUUAACAUAUCCAAAUUCAGAAAUUGUUACAUUCCGACCACAUUCGCUCAAUGUACACUCAUACAAGGCACCAACUUUCUGUGAUUUUUGUGGUGAAAUGCUUUUUGGUUUAGUUAGACAAGGAUUAAAAUGUGACGGUUGCGGCCAAAAUUAUCACAAACGAUGUGUUGUUAAAAUACCUAAUAAUUGUAACCAAAGAAAUGAAUCGAGACGUUCAUCUACACUUCAACCACCGCGAAGUCCAUCAGGUGGAUCAGCAACAUCAUUAAUAUCAGUUGAUGAUCAACAACAGCAAAAUAAUGGUUCAUCAUUGCAAGUUCCAAAUAAUCGAAAUUCUCGUUCAUCAUCAAUUGGUAGUCAUCGAAGUGGAAGUAGCAUAACUAAUAAUUAUGGACCAUCACCUGGCCGAUAUCGUAUACCACAUACAUUCAUGGUUCAUACUUACGGAAUUCCAACUGUAUGCCAAUAUUGUAAAAAAUUAUUACGAGGUCUAUUCAAACAAGGUGUUCAAUGUAAAGAUUGUCAAUAUAAUGCACAUAAAAAAUGUAUUGAUAAAGUACCACAAGAUUGUUCUGGUGAAAGUCAAAUUAAUUUGAUGGACAUGAUUAACGAUAGCAAUACGAAUCAAAGUGAACGUGAUGCAUUCUUUAAAGAUGAAUUCGAUGAUAGUGAUUUUGAUGACAAUCCUGGCUCCUUAGGUUUUACAAAUUAUCAAAAAAACCAACAACAGAAAUCAAGAUAUCGUCAUAAUCAACAUAUGAACGGUGGAGGUAGUCAUGGUCAAACGAAUUUAUUCGGUGUUGGAAAUAUACCCGAUUCUUUAUUAAAUGACAAAUCAUCGCCAAUCGGAGGUAACACGCCAACUUCAGCUGUUAUAGGUGAUACAAACUCAGAACAAUCAAGCUCAUCAUCAUCACCAAGUGCUAAUAUACCAUUAAUGAGAAUCGUACAAUCAGUGAAACAUACAAAAAAACGGGGUGGUCAAGCAUUAAAAGAAGGGUGGUUAGUACAUUACACUAAUUUGGACAAAACAGUGAAACGUUAUUUCUGGCGUUUAGAUUCAAAAGCUAUCACACUUUUUAUGUCAGAGCAAGGCAGCAAAUAUCAUAAGGAGAUUCCAUUAAGUGACAUAAUAUCCAUUAGCGCAAAUAAAGAUUUGACAUCGGAAAAAAAUUAUUGUUUUGAAAUUCGUACAGCUAAUGUUGAUUAUUUUGUGGGUCAGGAUCCGUUGGUGGGUUGUAAUAAAGAUGAACCUGUGCGACUUCCUCCUCCAGACAGUGGAAUUGGAACAGAUAUAGCGAAAAGUUGGGAAACAACAAUUAGACAAGCUUAUAUGCAUGUAACAAAUACUCAAUGUUGUGAAUCAGAAGAAAAUGUUCAAGAUAUGGGUCAACUCUACCAAAUUUUCCCUGACGAAGUUCUCGGUUCUGGACAAUUCGGAGUUGUAUAUGGUGGAAUACAUAAAAAAUCAAAUAGAGAAGUUGCAAUUAAAGUCAUAGAUAAAUUACGAUUUCCAACAAAACAAGAAGCACAACUUAAGAAUGAGGUGGCUAUAUUGCAGAAUAUUUCUCAUUGUGGGGUUGUAAACUUGGAACGUAUGUUCGAAACACCUGAACGGAUAUUUGUUGUAAUGGAAAAAUUAAAAGGUGAUAUGUUGGAAAUGAUUUUGUCUAGUGAACGAGGUAGACUGAGUGAACGUGUAACAAAAUUUUUGAUUACACAAAUUUUAAUAGCACUAAAACAUUUGCAUAGCAAAAAUAUUGUUCAUUGUGACUUAAAACCUGAAAAUGUUUUACUAUCAUCGGAUUCUGAGUUUCCUCAAGUAAAAUUAUGUGAUUUUGGAUAUGCUAGAAUUAUUGGUGAAAAAUCAUUCCGAAGGUCUGUUGUUGGGACUCCUGCAUAUUUAGCUCCCGAAGUUUUACGAAAUAAAGGUUACAAUCGCUCUCUGGAUAUGUGGAGUGUUGGAGUCAUUAUUUAUGUUAGUCUAAGUGGUACUUUCCCAUUUAACGAAGAAGAAGAUAUUAAUGAUCAAAUUCAGAAUGCUGCAUUUAUGUAUCCGCCAAAUCCUUGGAAGGAAAUUUCAUCUAAUGCAAUUGAUUUAAUUAACAAUUUAUUACAAGUAAAACAACGAAAACGUUAUACUGUAGAUAAAAGUUUACAACAUUAUUGGUUACAAGACAAACAAACAUAUUUUGAUUUAAGAGCACUAGAAUCACAAGUUGGAAUACGUUAUUUAACACAUGAAGCAGAUGAUAUUCGAUGGGCAAAUACAUCUUGUCAAGAUGGACUUUGACCAAUACCAAAUGUUGAUAAAAUAAAAAAAGAUGAAUGCACAUGCCGUCGUAACAGUAGUAGCGAAAAAAAUGUUUCAGAAAUAAAAGAAACCACAAUAACAACAGCAACAACUACAGUAAAAACUGGUAAUAAUCCAACUGGAAGAGAAUGUCGAAGUAGUAGUUUACCAGAAGCAACGCCAAAAUAUGAAGCGAUUAGUGGUAAAGCAUUUAAAUGGGUUCGCGGUAGAUUAUGUCGAAAUAAUUAAAUUAUUAAAAUUAUUAAUUUAAGAUCUUAAAACAAACAAAAAAACAACCAACUCUAAGCACUUUUAUUUUUAAAUUAUAAAAGAACAUUUUUUAGUUUUGUAAUUUCUUAAUUCUUGUUUUGUAUAAUUUAAAAAUAUUAAAAGUAAACUUAGUACACAAAAAACAGAAACAAAAUAAAUUAAUAUUGUUGAAAUUUAACAAAAAAGGAAAAUUAGUUUAAAUAUAAGGAAAUUUAGAGAAAAAUUAUUUUAAAUAAAAAUUAAAAAAAAAACUUUAAAGGAAGGCCUAAUUAAAUUUUACUGAAAUUUAAUAUAUGUAUGUAUAUAUAUAAAAAACAUAUUUAAAAUACAAAAAGAAACUACUCUUUACACAAAAAUUAUAUAAUUUAAGUAAUUAAAAUAUUAGAUUAAAUAAAGUAUUGUAUUAAAAUGACAUUUUAUAUUAAAUAUAUAAGGAAAAGGAUAAAGACACUGUUUUAAGCCUCAUGUUUUGUAGGUAGAUUCCAUAAAUUCAUUUAUAUUUUUAAUUAAGAGAAACAAAAAUUGUAAUUCAAUUGAUUUAAAACUGAAAAAGGCAUAGCUACUAAAAAGUCAUGAUGUAAACGGUUUUCAUCAAUGGAAAUGCAUCCAUUACUUUAUUUUUUCUAUUUGUGUUUUAUGUAAAAAUACGCUGCUUGUUCUAAAUUUUUAAAAGGAUUUUAUUCAAACAUUAUAAACUAUAGAUUAUUAAAAAAUUUGUAACUAUACACACAAUACUAUAGACUCUAUAGGAUUUUAGAGGUGAUGUAAACCUCAAGAAAAAAUCAAAGUUUACCAAUUAUAAAAUGCAGGUUGUAUUAUGAUAAUCGAUAUUGUUUAUUAAACUUUUGAACAAUUUUUAAUUUUGCUCCUAAUGUUUAAUUCUUAUUUAAUUGAAUUAAAAAUGUUUUAAGUUGUUUUUAGGUCAAUAUCAUAGAUAUAGCAACUUGACAAAUCAGAUAAUAUGUUGGGAACAAAAAUCGGCUAUUCAUAAUUCAAUUUUUAAGUUCUUAGUCUUUUUAAUAAUUGAAAAAUAAACUUUAUUUUUAAUUUAUUCAUGUAAGGUUUUCUAUUAAAAACUUCUCAUAUAAAUAAAUAAUUUAAAAGCGAAAUUAUUUAAAAAAAUUUUUUUUUUUUUCAAAUCAAUUCCAGUCUUUCAAUAUCACUUUUUAGUCAAGAGAAUCGACCAGGCUAUAAUAAUUUUUUUAUAAAUAAAACAAUUUUUAAAUUACUUUUUUAUUUUUUUUACAACCAUUCUAGUAAUCUACAAAUGUUCUCAUUUUCAACAUUUAAACAGGUUUCACUAUCAAAAGCAUUCAAGUAGUUAAAAAUUGUACCUAAUUAUAUUUAUUAUACUUGUCUAAAAGAUUUAAGUAAUAAGAGCAGGAUCCUUCAUAUUUAAGUUUUAAUUUUCUAAAAUUAGACGCAAAUGAAAGAAACGGUCAGAAAAUGUAAAGUCUAAUGAAAAACUGAAACUGAAAUGCAGAAAUUCAGAAACAUUAAAAAAAAACAACUUUCCUUUCGGAAGAAACACUAUUUUGCAAAAAAAUUUUUGGUUAUUAGGAUUUAUCUUUAAAUGUUGCAUUAGGUGCCAAUCAAAGUAUAAAUGACUCUAAAUUAUAAAUCUUAGUAAUUUUUAGGGUGAAUUUAAUUUAAGUUUUUCACUCGUCUCAUUUUACAUACAAUUAGGGAAGUUAUAUGACGGCAUUAAAUUUUAAAUUUUGAAUUGUUGACGGAAAUGCGCGAUACAAAUUGGAUAUACUUGCUAUAAUGAAAAUUUAUAAUUGAGUUUAAUAUUUUAAUGACGUAAGAGAUUAAUCAAAUUUCGACUUGUUAGAUUUCAGCAAUAGAACUUUUACUAUAUGAAAUUAUUUUAUGUUUUUAGCUAUUUUAAAGAAAGAAAAUAUUUCAGAGGCUUGAUUUGGUUUUUAGGAAACCAAAAA